UCACUAAUCAGUCCAGGAGAGGGGAUAAAAGGGCAAGAGUCGUUGCGUCAUUAUGUUUUUCCUAUUUGUGUUUCUCCGAACGGUGGUGUCUGUGGUGAAGAAUUGCAAUGUCGGGCCGAGGAAAACAAGGAGGCAAAGUGAGAGCUAAGGCAAAGUCUCGGUCAUCUCGGGCUGGCUUGCAGUUCCCGGUGGGCCGUGUGCAUCGGCUUCUCCGGAAGGGUAAUUAUGCUGAGCGAGUUGGCGCUGGAGCCCCUGUAUAUAUGGCUGCUGUCUUAGAAUAUCUGACCGCUGAGAUUCUCGAGUUGGCUGGUAACGCUGCUCGCGAUAACAAAAAAACCAGGAUCAUUCCUCGCCAUUUGCAACUCGCCAUCCGUAACGACGAGGAGCUCAACAAACUACUAGGGAAAGUCACGAUUGCUCAAGGGGGUGUUCUGCCCAACAUCCAGGCUGUGCUGCUGCCUAAGAAAACCGAAAGUCAUAAAGCCAAGAGCAAGUAAAAUUAAUCUAGGAAAAACGAGAGAUCCGACUCUGCUUAAAAUUAAAAAAAAAAAAAAAAUAACCCAAAGGCUCUUUUCAGAGCCACCCACAGAAUCGGGAAAAGAGCUAAAUUAUUGUCUUACGGUUUUAACAAAGUGAGUACGCUUUGUUUUAAAUUCAAUCAUUUCGCAGCAGUUUUUCUCCUAGGGUUCUCCACGUUCUGCCUUAAGUAAUCAACCUUUCGAAUUACCAGUAACUAUUGCAAUGAAUUUCUAGGUGUUAUUGAUAUAAUUUUGUAAUUUAGUGUAUGCCUCGUUCGUAGUUCAAGAUGCAAUAUAUAAAAACUAAAAAUAGCCGAAAUGAGGUUUUUUACGAUUUAUGUUCCGUAUUUAACCCCUCUCCCCAGUCCUUUUAUUGUGUCUGGUCGUUCUGCCUGUCUUAAAACAAAUGCAUCAGCUUGAAGGUCACUCUGACAAAGGAUCCUUAGAGACGUGAAUGAAUUUAGAGGAUUGGCUGAAACACAAGCACAGCAAGAGGUGGAUGUACAAUAAAAAGGACGAAAAGUAUCAAGAUACAUGUAUUACAUAAAAACUGAACAGCAUUCAUAGAUCUCCUCUUCAUGUGUGUGCUCUGAUUUAAGGGAAUAAAGCUUUCCUGCGAUUUAAGUUA